AUGUCUUCAUCCCACUCCCUCAUCUCUUACCUUCUCACUCCCUACAUAAUCCCCCUCCUCUUCAUCUUGUAUUUUGUAUUGCCCUACCUCUCCAAAACACACUGGCUCUCCAUCCCCGCCCCCUUUCCAGCCGCAUACACAAACCUCUGGCUCUUCUGGCAGGCCCGUCGCGGCCGACGGUUUUUAGCCGUCAACGAUGCACACAAAAAGUAUGGUAAAUUUGUGAGGAUUGCGCCGAAUCAUGUUAGUAUCGCGGAUGACGAGGCUAUUCAGGCGGUUUAUGGGCAUGGGAAUGGAUUCUUGAAGUCGGACUAUUAUGACGCGUUUGUAUCUAUCCGCCGCGGCCUCUUCAACACCCGCGACAGAGCCGAGCACACGCGCAAACGCAAGACCGUCGCGCACACAUUCAGCGCAAAAUCCAUUGGCCAAUUCGAGCAGUACAUACACGCCAACGUUGAGUUGUUCGUUGUCCAGCUCACAAAGUUGUCGCAAUUGCAACGCAAUCCUCGUACGGGGUACGCGUCGAUUGAUGCAUUGAAUUGGUUCAAUUACCUCGCGUUCGAUAUCAUCGGUGAUCUAGCGUUUGGCGCACCGUUUGGUAUGCUCGAAAAGGGAAAGGAUGUUGCUGAAGUACGCAAGACGCCUGAUUCGCCGCCUACAUAUGCGCCUGCUAUUGAGGUGCUCAAUCGUCGGGGUGAGGUUUCCGGGACGUUGGGGAUUAUGCCGUUUCUCAAGCCGUAUGCCGCGUUUUUGCCGGACUCAUUCUUUAGCAAGGGACUCGAAGCAGUUGAGAAUCUCGCCGGUAUUGCCGUUGCGCGGGUUAGCGAGAGACUGAAACCCGAGGUUAUGGAGAACAACACCCGCGUCGACCUGUUGGCGAGAUUGAUGGAAGGCCGCGACGAAACAGGCGCAAAGCUGGGCCGCGAGGAACUCACAGCUGAAGCAUUGACGCAACUCAUCGCUGGUAGUGAUACAACCUCCAACACGGCUUGUGCAUUGUUGUACUGGGUCUUGAGGACUCCGGGGGUGAUGAAGAAGUUGCAGGAGUGUGUGGAUGAGGCUUUGCCGGACGGCGUUGAAGUGCCUACUUUUGCGAUGUUGAAGGAUAUUCCUUAUAUUCAAUACGUCAUCCAAGAAACAAUGCGUAUACACAGUACUUCUUCUCUCGGUCUUCCACGACAAAUCCCUCCGGGAAGCGCACCUGUCAACAUCUGCGGCCGCACUUUCCACGCAGGAGACGUCGUCUCCGUGCCUUCAUAUACAAUCCACCACUCCACCAAAAUCUGGGGUCCCGACGCCGAAGAGUUUGUUCCUGAUCGCUGGGCUCCCGAACGUCUUACUGCGCGCCAAAAGGCGGCGUUCAUCCCCUUCUCGACGGGGCCCAGGGCUUGCGUUGGAAGGAAUGUGGCGGAGAUGGAGCUGACGUGUAUUGUGGGCACGGUGUUUAGGAAUUUUGAGUUUGUGUUGGAGCAGGAGGAAAAGAUGGAGACACGAGAAGGGUUUUUGAGGAAGCCGUUAGGUUUGGCGGUGGGAAUUCGGAGGAGGGCUGCUUAG